GUCCACGUCCACGAGAACAGAGGCACCAAAGUUUGUGCGUAAAGGAGGCGGCGCAGCGCGGGGCGACAUGACUCACUCACUGUCAUCUCCUCUGAGAAAUACUGAUGUCCCGAGGACCCUUCUGCUUAAAAUGUGCGCGUGGAAACACAGAACUGCACUUGACUCGCUGAACUUGAGCUCUGCUGUUUCCACAGCGAUGACAGGAGAGAUUAAAACGAUGACCCGGGGACGCGCUGCGUGUCCAUCCAGCCAAACACCUCCGGAUUGAGUUCUCGCGUUCACUGACACGCUGCUGAGGGUUCAUCAGUCUUCAAACCAAACCAGCAUGGCUGCUUUACGAGCAACUCUCUCCUGAUUGAAGCCGGUCGCCUAAAAACUGCGUGACUCACUGAGAACCGCUCUUCAGCCAAAAAUAUCUCCUCAGCAUAUGCCAAAGUGCUUUUAGCUUUGUCCUUGUUAUCCGCUUGGCAACCUCAGUGACACCAGCCAAUGCCAUGCAGACUUUCGAAGCGAAUCUGAUUCUUGAUUGACCGUCAGCAACAUGUGGACUAUUUCCAACCACUGCAGAUGUGCACAAAAAGACAGGAAGCUCUUGUUUCACAAAGUGCGCUAAAACAUUAACAGGGCUUUAUGGUUGUGCAAAGAGAGCUGGGGACACCUUCACACAUCGAUGCAUUAAUCUAAGACGGAUCACUUAUGCAUGGAAACUUCAUUUGUACCUUAAUAGAUCACACAGAUUGCAACAACAGCAUUAGUGUCAUUCACAUUGUUCCAUAUGAUGUUGCAGCUGCAUGAGGUUAUGAACAUGUCAAAACAACCCUUGAAUUUAUGACUUACGACAAAAAAAAUUUACAUUCUCCGCAGCAUAAUAUGUUUAGUUCCUCUUGUUUAUUCCUUCACCCACAGCUAUUUUCCCCAUCGUUAAAAGCCCAUCUAGGAGAAAUGAGAAAUGAGAUACAACAGGUUAAAUUUCAUCAUAUUCCCUCAUUGCAAUGCUGGAAGUGCCCCAGUGUUCUUGCACCACGGCCAAUGCAGAAGUAGUGCUCUCAACAUUUUCUUGGAGAGGAUCCGAUAUUAAGGUGCAAAUCGAACUCACGGCAUCGCUGCAUGCCCAAAAUCAGACCUUUAUUAAAUGCCUGGACGUCUUGAACAGAUGGUUCCCCUCAAAGACAACAUGACUCCGGAGUUGUUCCCUGAAAACUGUACCAACUGCAGCCAGGUUCUCGUCCCGGAGCUGAAUGUCAUAAAGGCUGUCGUUCUGGGAAUGGUGUUGGCGAUCUUCAUCAUUUUUGGUGUUCUGGGCAACAUCCUGGUCAUCCUCUCGGUGGCUUGUCAUCGUAAUUUACGCACAGUGACUCAUUAUUUAAUUGUGAACUUGGCAGUCGCGGACCUUUUGCUGAGCUCUACGGUUCUUCCGUUUUCUGCAGUCUUUGAGAUGUUGGGCCGUUGGAUCUUUGGAAGGACGUUUUGCGAUGUUUGGGCGGCAAUGGACGUCUUGUGCUGUACGGCGUCCAUCAUGAGCUUAUGCAUGAUUUCAGUGGACCGAUAUAUCGGCGUUAGUUAUCCUCUGCAGUACCCGUCCAUUGUGACAGAACGACGGGGGUUGCUUGCACUCAUUGUUUUGUGGGCUCUAUCCAUUACCAUCUCAAUUGGACCUCUUUUUGGAUGGAAGGAACAAGCCCCGGCGGACGAAUCCGAAUGCAAGAUUACCCAAGAACUCGGCUAUGCCAUUUUUUCUGCGUUGGGAUCCUUCUACCUCCCUCUAGUGGUGAUUCUUUCGAUGUAUUGCCGUGUGUACGUGGUCGCGAGGAGGCAGACCCAAGUACUUAUCAGUGGACAGAAAACGGAAAAGUCUGAUCACGCCGCCGAGGCCGUAACUUUGCGGAUACAUCGUGGGAACACAACGGUGUCAGAGGACGAGGCCUUGCACAACCGGACACACUUUGCAUUGCGUCUGCUCAAGUUCUCCCGGGAGAAGAAGGCCGCGAAGACCCUGGGCAUCGUGGUUGGAUGCUUCAUCCUUUGUUGGCUUCCUUUUUUCCUGGUUCUUCCAAUCGGUUCCAUCUUCCCGGAGUACAAACCCUCAGACACAGUUUUCAAGAUCACGUUUUGGCUGGGCUACUUCAACAGCUGCAUCAACCCCAUCAUCUACCCCUGCUCCAGUCAGGAGUUUAAGAAAGCCUUCCUGAGCGUGUUGGGAGCCCGCUGCCUCCGCAAGAGAUCCACGCCGUCCCACGCGAUCUACCAGAGCCACAGUCACCGACACGGCCAGCUUCAGAUCCUCGGCCUGACGAGCCGAGACAACCCGUCCCGCCUGAGCCCGUCCUCCUCCAUCGCUCUGUCCCGCAGCCCGUCCUCCCGGGACGGCCGGGAAUGGCAGGCCCCUUCCCAGACAUCAUCGGUGGGGGCGACCGGGGUCAGCGUGGGAGCGAAAGUGGCGGGAAUGUGUGGUAAAAACCUGCUGAGGACAUGCUGCUGCGUGAGAAUGGAUCCUCCGCAGCCCGAGCCGCCCGAGCCGCCAGCGCAGAACUCGCUUCCCGUCAUCAAAAUCCACCAGCUCUCGCUGUGUGAGGACGGGGAUGCGGUGUGAAGGAGCACGCUGGGGAAAUCACUCCACACACGCUGGCUGUGAUGCCACUUUGCCAGCUGACAGGGCCUUAGACUUGAGAACACAAACUGAUGAAGAAAAGCGAGCUUUCGAUUGAAACGAUCAGCGAUGGGAACAUUGAAAGCUGCUGCAACAGUGUUGAUGCUUCAUAAAGGCACGGAUCAGCUUUACAUGAAAUCUCUGUCUUUAUUUAUUCACUAUCAUGUUGUUCUAAACCUGUCAAUGAACUGAAAUGCAAAGGAGAUUUUGCAGCUUCAACAGAGGGGAGUGCAUGCCUGUAAAUCUCAUUUGGAGCAGUUUGAACCUUCAGACAAAGUAUACAGUAGAUAUAAAACAGUUAAUUUGUGUAUUUUUUUGUUAUGCAUCAUAUUUUCUACAUCUGGCAUUUAUGGCUUAUAUAGUAUGAUAUAGAAAAAUAUGGAGCUCAUACUCGAGGUGAAAAAAAACAAUUUUAUUCAGAGGCCCAAGCUGAGCAAAAACGUGCAAUUCAUGUGCAAGUCACUUUAUCUCCCGAUGUCUUAGUUAGAUGAUAUUUUAAAGCGUUGGUUUAUGAUCAAAGCUCUUUAAUUUCAAAACAUAUAAUGCAAUGCAAUACAAUGAUGAUUGAGAGAUUUGUAAGAGCCUGAUGAUCAUAUUUGAUACUCACAAUUCAACAUGAUUAAAAGAAAAAUGAUUUAUGGAUAAUAAAGUAAGGCCAUACUUCUUGAAAUAUUACUAAAAAUACAAAAGCUUUUCUUAUAUUUACUUCCCAGAAAUCAGAACAGAUUUCAGAACAAAAUGCUAAUUUCAUGAGCUGAAAGAGGAUAUUUGUAUUAUUUUACUGAAUAAAAGUCUAAACCAUCAGAUAGAUGACCGAAGGCAUGUAGCAGAGUGUGUACAAGGUUUUCAGCAGCUUUGAUCAUGUUGAUCAUAAUAUAUUACUGUAUGCUUUAGGGUUAAACUGACUAUUCAUCAGACAAAUCAAUCACAUUCUUCAGAAGGUGUUGAAUAUAACGCACAAAAAUAGACUAUUUUAUGUUGCUUCUAUUGUAUUUUUUGAGCUUGAUAAACACAGUUGCUGUGACCUCUCACUGUUUUAUGUUUUUAGGUUUGGAAUAACAUGAAGUGUGAACAAAUAAUGACAGAAAUGUAAUUUUUUUAAUGAACUAUUACUUUAAAAGGAGGAUGUUCGCUUGGACAUUAUAGUGGACAUCAUUCUGCAUGGAUCUGUGAUGAUAAAUAUACCAGCAUUUGUUUUGUUUUUUAAUUGACUUCAGUUUUAUUUUAACAUGUCUAAUGAGUGGUAUAUUAUAUAUGAGUGAAACUUCUAUUUUUGGCUGUUUGUUCUCCAGUUCAUAUCUUCUUCAUUCAGUUCUCAGAAAUUGCACUACAGUUAAUGGGCAUGGGCUGUUUGCAUUGAGUAUGAUUCAAAAACCCAUUUCGCCUGAUGAUUAAUCGUGGAACCGUAUUGAACUGGGUAUUGAUCGUAUAAGUGUUUUUGUGAUAAUCCUGCUUUGGUCGCUAAAAAAAUGAUUCCACAUCAACAUCAGAUACAGCUUUCCGUGUGUUUCACUUUGGGACCAACCAUGUCCCUUCCCAUAAGUUGUGUUCUCAUUACUAUGACCUCAGAAAUACACAAAUUUCCUUGUGAUAUUGAUACUUGACCAUAACAAAGAAUAUGUAAUGACCUCAAAAUGACCAACUUAUGUGGCUUAAAUGCCUUCUAACAAGUGGCACUUUGUUAUUGUGUUUCUUUCUCAAAUGAAAGAAAACCAAAUGAUUCCAAAACAGAAAUACCCAAUAAAAAAAUGACUGCAUCAUAA